AUGGAUGGGCUGCUUGAUAUAUUGAAGUCGACUGCGAAAGCAAAUCACAGCAUCGACUUUUGUGACCUCUUCUUCUGGUUCACGAUGGACUCCUUUGUCCAGAUGACCUUUGGAAAAGAUUUGGGCCUUCUCGGUACCAAUUAUUAUGACAAAGGAGAAGCAUCAUCGCCAUCGAAACUCUCCCCAGUGUCUAUUCCUUUUGCGGAUGCGUUUGACUUUGCACAGGAUCAGAUUGACUUCAGAUUCUUGGCUGUCAGAGGAUGGCAGCUGAUCAAGAAGCUCGUUGGUUCAAUCGGAAAACGCAUGAAAGCCUCGUGUUGUGUUCUGGAUGACUACGCAUACUCUUUAAUUGAUGAGCGAAUGGCUAGUCUGGCUCAGUCAUCCGAUUGCAGAAAGAAAUAA